GAUAUGCCCUUAAUAAGCCUCUUAUAUUAUCUUGUUUAUGUUUAUAGAAUUUUAAGCCAUUGACUUAUGCAACGUGUUGUUUAUAGCUUAUACAACUAAUUUAUAUAACUCAAAUUUAUGUAAACGAAAAAGGAUGCCAUCUGCCAUGCCAGAAGACUCCUCCAAAAGAGAUAAAUUAGUAAUUGGUAUCUUAGAAGUACAAGGAGCAUUCAAUGAACAUCACGUGGCACUGCGUAAAGCUCAAAAAUGCUUAAAUAUUCCUAACUUAGAAAUUAUUGGUGUUAGACAUCCGGACCACAUAUCUGACAACAUGGACGGCCUUAUAAUUCCUGGUGGUGAAAGUACAACCAUUAGCUUAUUUCUGAAACGUAAUAAAAUGGAUGACCCUUUGCGGAAGUGGAUAAACUCAAAAGGUCAUGUGACCUGGGGCACAUGUGCUGGAAUGAUACUGUUAUCCAAGCAGACAGAAAACCAAAAGAUAGGCGGACAACCCUCGCUGGCUGAAAUGGACAUAGACGUUUCCAGAAACUUCUUCGGUCGUCAGAUCAACAGCUUUGAAGCACCAGUAAAAUUAAAGCACACACUUUUUGUUCCCGCGGAUUUUAAGAACUAUGCUACAGGUGAAAUAUAUCAUGGUGUUUUUAUCCGGGCACCUGCAGUUGUAGAAAUCUGCAGUCCAGAAGUAAAUGUUUUAGCGACACUUGAUAGAUCCGGAAGUGGACAGACUGAAGUUAUUGUUGCAGUGCAACAGGGUAAUAUGUUAGCUACCGCCUUUCACCCGGAACUGACAGAUGAUGUCAGAUGGCAUACACACUUCAUAGAGAUGACAAGUAUGGCAAAGCGAAAUAGUAAUGUGUGAUAAAUAAUUUUUAACCUUUGUAUUUUAUAAUUAUUCAUUUUAAUUAAAUGUUCAAAUUAA